GUUAGGUGGCAAGUGCCAGGUUGUUUCCAACGUGAGGGGUUUUAAAAAGAUUUUAUGUGACCGCCUUGUGGUGUAGCGUGUGGUGCUAUCGUCUCAUUUCAGCUUCAUUUCGUUUCAUUUGCAUUUCAUUUGACGUUUUCUUUCUGGAAGCUUCGGCACGCAGAGAUCCAUGGCGUCGUUCGAUGAAGCUCCUCCCGGAAACUCCAAGAGCGGCGAGAAGAUCUUCAAGACUAAGUGCGCUCAGUGUCACACCGUCGAUAAAGGUGCCGGUCACAAACAAGGACCCAAUCUGAAUGGUUUGUUUGGAAGGCAAUCUGGCACAACCGCUGGAUAUUCCUAUUCUACCGCUAACAAAAACAUGGCUGUGAUUUGGGAGGAAAAGACCUUGUAUGAUUACUUGCUCAAUCCCAAAAAGUAUAUUCCAGGGACGAAGAUGGUGUUUCCCGGUCUUAAGAAACCUCAGGAUCGUGCGGAUCUUAUUGCUUAUCUUAAAGAAUCCACUGCAUAAGGAUUAAACUUUCAUACAUACAGUUACGCAUUGUUCAUUCGAAGUUCCGGAGAUUUAAAUUUUCAGACAUUUAAUUAUGUGGUACAGGAAGUACUGUAUCAACAAAUAAAGUAGACCUGAUUUGUUUGCAAUGCUAUUUUGUUCAUUUUGCAUUGCUUUUUAAGAAUUUGCAAUAUAUGGGUUAAUACCCAAUUAAUUUAGCAGUUGAAAGUUGAAACAUUGUUGCUGAUAUUUAAUUUGCUAGAAGGACAAUUUGGUCUA